AUGAGCGCUCCUCGAAGCAGCCACCUGUCUAGCGCCACCACAUACGCUGGCUCGUCUGCCUCUCUCAGCUCCCUCAACAGCAAUGCGACUGUCGUACCUCAGAAUGGCGGCCCCGUCAUCGCUACCGCAAACAUCAUCAACCAAAAGGCCGACGCCUCUCGCUCACUCUACCAAAUUUGCGUCUCCUUAAAACAGCGCCUCGCCCAGGUCCCCGACUUCCAGCCCUUCCUCGACCAGCUGGACCCCAACGACCCCGUCGAUUCGUUAUGGAACUUAUUUCGCUCGGGGCAUCCUCUCCUCAUCAUCUACAACUGUCUGCAGGGUGAGCCCCUCAAGGUCGAAGACCCAAAUGCAUCCGAGGCCAAGAAGUCAAAGAUUGCCAUUUUCAAAUUUGUGCAAGCGUGCCUCAAGGAGUUGCAAUUGCCUCCAGCUGAUACAUUCGUCAUUACGGAUCUGAUGGGAAACGACACGAGUGGCUUUGUCAAGGUAACUCAAGUUGUCAACUAUGUGCUCGACCUCGCCGAACAGAAUGGACACUUGCUGCAACCGCAGUUCCUCCCAGAAGAUUCCAACCUGCCUCCUGCCGGCACGCAGAUGAGUUACAGAGACCAUAUUGUCAAGGAACUUGUGGACACCGAGCGUAAAUAUGUCCAAGAUUUGGAAAACUUGCAUGACCUCAAGAAGAGAUUAGAGCAGAAAGGCGACGUGCCCGGCGAUAUUGUGCACCAAAUCUUUCUCAACAUCAACGCUAUCCUCGAUUUCCAGCGACGAUUCCUUAUUCGCGUUGAAACUACCAAUUCCGUGGCCAAGGAGCAUCAGCGAUGGGGCGCCCCAUUUUGUUUCUACGAAGGCGCCUUCGACAUUUACCAGCCUUUCAUUGCCAAUCAGCGCAAAGCGGCUCAAAUCGCGAACCAAGUCUUCGACAAAAUACAACUAUCAGAGCAUCCGGUCGCGACCGAUUUCAACACGUUAGACGGCUUCUUGCUAAAGCCUAUGCAACGCCUGGUCAAGUACCCUCUGCUUCUCAAGGAUCUCAACAAAAAGACGGAAGAUGUAGAAGUCAAGGACGACUUACAAACAGGCUGCGAGGCUGCUGAGCGAGUUCUCCACAAGGCCAACGACGCUGUCCACCGUGACCUGCUGGAUGAAGCCCUCGACGACCUGAUCGGCAGAGUGGACGACUGGAAGUCCCAUAGAGUGGACCAGUUCGGCCGCCUGCUUCUGCAUGGAAUCUACGGCGUGAUAACAGGCAAGACUGAACAAGAGAAGGACUACGAGAUCUAUCUCUUCGAAAACAUCUUGCUAUGUUGUAAAGAGGUGUCCGGCAACAAGAGCAAGGACAAAAAGGACAAGACUCGCUCUCAGGGCCCCAAAAUCAAAAACAAGAAUGCCAAGCUACAGCUGAAGGGCAGGAUUUUCAUGACUAAUGUGACGGAUGUCGUGUCUCUUUCCAAGCCUGGUUCUCACUCUGUUCAAAUUUGGUGGAAAGGCGACCCUGGUGUGGAAAACUUUAUCAUCAAGUUUGUUCACGAGGAAAUGAUGAGGACGUGGGCCGUCAGCCUCGAGACACAGCGUAAAAUCAACGCGCCACGCAUGUCGUUCAGCAGCGAGACUGCUUCGCAAGACUUUGCCUGGACCCGAGACCACGCCAUCGAGAACCCCUACCUGCAGCAGGAUGAAGACGACGAGGACGAGUACGGCCCUGCGACGGCCCCUGCAUCGUUCCCAAUCCCGCCUGGCUCCAUGCCUCGCAUUUCUUCGAGCUCCAAUGUCCGUCAACGAUCCAUGACGGGAGAUAGCACACAAUCUUUGGCCUCUAUUGCUAGAGCACCGCCGCCUAGAUUCCCGCUACCCAUGCCCCCUGCACCUCUCAGCCUGCAAACAGGAAGCAACGGAGCGCCAUCUCCUGGGGCUCGAGGCGGCGACUCAUACUUUUCACCCGUUGCCGACUCGCCUGUUUCUUCCCGCGCCAGUACCACAAGCGGUGUCUUCCCGGGGCCACCGUACCAAUUCCCCAACAAGAAUGGUGGCUCCUCCGGCUCGGGCUGGGACGAAAAUGCGCGAUACACAGCGCCUGCCAUGCCUCGGGCCCCGUCUCGUGAUGGCCCCCCGUCAUCCUACAACAAGCCUCCUCGCGGCCCUUCACUACCGGUGAUGGCAUCAAGCUCUAGCUCGGCGCAGCAGCAACGCAGCCGCUCGUAUAGCACCCCCGAUGCCGGCAUACCUGGUCUCCCUCGACAGCGACAACCCAGCCAGGGCAACAUCCCAGCUGUGCCUGGCAUACCCCAGCACCUGCACGACAGCCAAAUCGCGCGAUCCCAGAACGGCUCUCCGCGAAACGACCUGCCCAUUCGCACAAAUAGCAGCAGCCCUGGUGCCACGCGACAGCCCAUGCACAAGCAUUCCGGUAGUCUAGGCGGCACCAUGUCACACUUUCCCGCCCAACCAAUUUACCCACGCCAAAACACCCCAAGCAGCCAGGGCUCCUCGAUGCUUCGCGUUGAUCCUGUAGCCGCCAACUCGCGAAAUGGCUCCCCCGCCCUGCCGAGCGGUGCGCUCGGCCCGCCCUCUGGCGACUCAUACUCUGGCGACAUGCCCUUGCCGACACAGCUCAAGGUCCGCGUCAACUGCGACAGCGGCAACUACAUUACGCUCGUUGUGGCCUUUAACAUAAGCUACCAAUCUUUGAUCGAUCGGAUCGACGCAAAGCUUGCGCGCUUCAUGAACAGCAGCAUUGGCAAGGGGAACCUGAAGCUCCGCUACCGCGACGAGGAUGGAGACUUUGUCACUAUCGAGAGCGACGACGACAUUCAAAUCGCCUUUAUGGAGUGGCGCGAAGGCGUGCGCAACAUGUACUCUGGUGGUGUCGGCGAGAUUGAGCUGUUUUGCCUAGGCGAGACUUGUUAG